UCGGUGCGUCUGAUGAAGAAUGACACCAUGAACUUCCAGAAAUUCCCCUAUACCAAUGAAGACGAAGCCUGGAAGACCUACCUAGAGAACCCCCUGACAGCAGCCACCAAAGCGAUGAUGAGGGUGAAUGGAGAUGAUGACAGCGUGGCCGCCCUGAGCCUCCUCUAUGACUACUACAUGGUCCCAAAGGAGAAGAGGAUUCUUCCCUCUGGUGUGAUGGGACGCAAUGAACUAGGAAAGAGGCACUGCCACGGAAUGGAAUACGACCCAGAGAUUGCAUCCUUUGAUAGCUCAGCCCAUCUCAUGAAGCUCUUGUCUGAAAAUGUUUCCAUGACCCAAGAAUAUUGUGAGCCACAGAAGAAGAACGGCUUGAGUCUUGAAGGCGUCCCUCCUCCUCACAAGCCAGCCAUGCUUCCACCAGGCACUAGCAAGCUGGAUGCCACCCCAGACAACUACAUGGUCCCUCCAGGGGAUGUAUACGACAACAGCUCAUUGAACUCCCUCUUCGAGACCAUCCCCGUAGCCCCACCACAGCAGAGGUGGCAGCCAGACAGCACUUUCAAAGAGGAUCCCCAGGAGUCACUACUCUUCAGUGAUAUCCUCAAACCCCAGCCAGAGCCACCUUGCCCCGAGAGUUAUGCUACGGACGGUGCUAAGAGUGACUUUGAAUACACUCUGGGGUCACCCAAAGCUAUUCACAUCAAAUCCGGGGACUCUCCCAUGGCCUACCUCAACAAAGGACAGUUCUACCCCAUCACGCUGCGGACAGCUGGAGACAGCAAAUGUUUACACUUGUCCUCAAAUAAAGUGAAGAGUGUUGUGAUGAUUGUUUUUGACAACGAAAAGAUUCCGACGGAGCAGCUCAAGUUCUGGAAGCACUGGCAUUCCCGCCAGCCCACGGCCAAGCAGAGAGUCAUUGACGUCGCUGACUGUAAAGAAAACUUCAACACGGUACAGAACAUCGAGGAGCUAGCCUACAACGCACUGUCCUUCGUGUGGAACAUCCACGAAGAAGCAAAGGUAUUUAUUGGGGUGAAUUGCCUGAGCACUGACUUCUCCUCCCAGAAAGGAGUGAAAGGUGUCCCGCUCAACCUCCAGAUAGACACCUACGACUACGGCAAUGGAACCAGCCAGCUGGUGCACCGUGCCGUCUGCCAGAUCAAGAUAUUCUGCGAUAAGGGAGCAGAGAGGAAAAUGCGGGAUGAUGAAAGGAAACAGUUCAGAAGGAAAGGAAAAUGCCUGGACUCCAAUAACAAUGGUCUGAAAGGCUGUUUGCUCUCUGGCUUCAGAGGGAAUGAAAUCACGUUCCUGAGGCCAGAGACUGACCUCGAAACCCAGCCAGUCCUGUUUAUCCCCAACGUCCAUUUUUCCAACCUGCAGAGGUGUGGCACGGUGCUCCCCCCCGCUGUUCCCAACUCUGCAAACAGGCUGCCCUUAAAGCGGAGCGGGGCCUCGUUCACGGAUGAGUUUGACCCGAUACCUCCAAAGCAAACCAAGGAAGAAGAUCCUCAGAGAGUCUUGUUGUAUGUGCGGAGGGAGUCAGAGGAAGUGUUUGAUGCUCUCAUGUUGAAGACACCGGACCUCCAGGGCCUCAGAACAGCUAUUUCAGAAAAAUAUGGGCUUCCUGAAGAAAGCAUUUAUAAAGUCUACAAAAAAUGCAAAAGAGGGAUCCUGGUCAACAUGGACAACAACAUCAUCCAGCACUACAGCAACCACAUGGCCUUUCUCCUGGACAUGGUGGAAGCAGAGGACAAGUUCCAGAUCAUUCUCAAGGAGCUAUAAAGAGCCGCAGGCAGCGCUUACUGGGACUUCUCUCAAAACCGGCAAGUUCGACCCACCAGAACUCAGCCUGGUGCCCCACCGUGUUGCCUUGACUUGAAUACGCUGCCUCUGGGGAGGGCCUCGGCCUCGCGGCGCCCGGCCGGAGACUGCUUGGAAGAUCUGUUACCGAUGUGAACGUGGAACUUCUCUCUGUUGAGUUUAUUAUUAUU